CAUGACAUAAAGUUAUUCCUUCACGAUUUUGUUAAAGAAAUGAAGAAUUUGAUUAAGUCUGGAUUUAAAUUCGAAACAUACAAUAUUAAAAUAAAAAUUCGAGCAUUUCUGUGUGAUGCGCUUGCCCAAUCAUUUGUAUGUGUGGUAAAAGGUCAUAAUGCUUUGAAUGGAUGUAAUAAGUGUGAUCAAAUAGGUAAAAGUGUCAUGAAAGUUACCACUUUUUUAACAUCUGUUGGAAAAUUACGAUCUGAUGAAGAUUUUCGUCAAAGAAUUGAUCAAAUUUUUAUCAUAAAUCUUUUUUAAAUAGGGAAAUGUCUUUAGAGUCGAUAGGUAUAAAGAUGAUAACUCAAUUCCCCUUAGAUGUUAUGCUCCUUAUCGAUUUAGGAGUGACGAAAAAAAAUGUUACUAAUGUUGUUGAAUUCUAAAACCACUGAGUGUUUUAUGCAAAUCUAUAAUCGCAAUGUCUUCCCUGUUAAUUCCAAAGGAAUUUAUAAGAAAACCCAGAUCUUUUGACGAAAUUGCUAGUUGGAAAGCAGUUGAGUUCCGCCAGUUUGUUUUAUACACAGGACUUCUUGUUUUAACGGCAAGUACGAGUGACGUGUUCUUUAACCACUUUUUAUUAUUGUCAAGUGCUUACAAGAUUAUGAGUUGCCCCCUUUUAUUCCAAUCUAAGAAUGCUAGUGCUCAUAUAAUGUUAAAUACCUUUGUUCUGAAAUUUGGGAAUAUUUUUGGACUAACAAGCCUAACUUAUAAUGUACACAACCUUUUGCAUUUAAGCCAAACAUUAGAAGAGUACGGCAAUAUCUCUUAUAUAUAUACGUAUCCUUUUGAAAACUGUAUGAAGGAUAUCAAGAAAGCGGUAAGAAAACCACACCAAAUUGAACAACAAAUAUUUAAUAGAUUUUCUAAAGUCUCAUUAUUAAAACCAGAUCUAUUUACUGGCUAUAAAGAAAAUUGUAAAGUUCGUUUUCUUUCGAUACAGGAUAUUUUAGUUGAAAUAUUCCUGAUAAUUGUUGUUUACUUGGUAGUGAUUGCCCUGGCGAAAUAUUAAAAUUCCUCGAAAAUGGUUGUAUUGUAAUCCAAAAAAACUUCUUUCUCGAGCCAAUUUCUUCUCAGGAUCUUGGAAUUUACCUUGUAAGUCCUGACUCCUUUUAUGAAGAAAUUUUUAGAACAGAUCAAAUAUACGCAAAAUUAGUAAAUAUUCCGUACAAAAAUGAAAGAAAUUGUUGAAAGCCAGAAAAAUGCAAUGGGAGUUUUAAAGGGACAAAUUAAUGAUUUAAAAGAAACUAUUGUAAAUCUAAAUAAGGUCAUCGUUGGAUUAGUAUCAGAGGUAAAAACCACGCUAAAAUGUGAUGUUACACAAGGUUUCAACAAUUAAAAGCACUUUAAGCAUGGAGGGAUUAAACAAGAAUCUUACAAAUUUAUUAGAUAUAAAGUUGUUGAUCGAUUUUAAUGUUGAUAGAAAGCAGGAUAAAAAACGUCUAUUAGAUUUCCCGAAGUUUGUAAAUGCAAUUUAUCAAUCUCUUAAAGUAGACGGCCUCUCUAAAACAAAAUUCCUUAAUAAUUUACGUAUACCAUUUAGAUUAAAUAAAAACCGUUACUACAAGAAAAAAUGUUUGAAGAGAAAGGCUGGAACUGGUAAAACAUUUUUAAACAGCGAAGAGAAUUCAGAUUCAGAAAACAUCGAUCAUUCCUUCAAGAACAAGAGGAAAAUUGAUAAUACAUUUUUAACUGAAGAGGAUUCAGAUUCGGAAAAUGUUGAUCCAGGUAUAGCUGAAUAAAAUCAUUAAACGUAAGAAUCAAAAUCAAUUUUGUUUUAGAAAUUUCUAAUUUUAUUAAAUAUCAUCUGAAUGUUUUUAAUUAAAAUUAAAACUUUGCGAAUAAGCAUAAGUAGACUUUUUAAGUCAGUCCAUUAUAAAUAAUCAUUUUAUAGUAACUAAACGAAUUUGUUUUUAAGUAUUAAUGAAUUUUAUUAUUUAUUAUUACUUUUUAUUACUAUUAAUUUGUUUUUUAUUAAAGAAUUUAUAUUUUGUUUUUCUUUGCUUUU